GCUUAGUGUUUUUGAAGAGCACCAGAAGAAGAAGUGGUACUGGAGUUUACUUGUUGAAUGACAUUAGAGUAAAAACUACAGUUUGUACAGCUGGUUUCUCUGCUUGGGAGCCACUUACCUUGGCACUUCGGCGUGAAGUCGCAGCCUUUCUGACCUCUGUCUGUGUGCUUCACCCUGAAAAAAUGCGGGACCGGACUAAGGAAUUAGGAAAUAACGCUGAGGCCUUAGAUGACGAUGAGGAGAUCAAAGUUCCGAUGAUCAAACCUGGAACCUCUUCAGUCAAAGAGGAGAAGGAGAGCGAAGCUUUCUUCAGAAAGGCGCAAGAAAUUCAUGAGGGGCUGCAGAGCCUCAAGCGGAUGGUGUCCGACCUCGAGAACAAACAGAAAACAGUGCUAGGUGUGGCACUGCCAGAGGAGAGUAUGAAGAAAGAGCUGCAGACUCUUCGAGAGGAGAUUAAAACCCUGGCGAGCCAGAUCCAGAGAAAACUGAAGAGUAUUGAACCUAAGAAGGGAGAGGAUGAUGGAAAAUAUAUACCCAUAAAUAUUCGGAUGCAGCGCACACAGCACGGCGUCCUGUCCAAGGAGUUUGUGGAGCUGAUGGGUCACUGUAACACCAUCCAGUCCCAGUACAGAGACCGCAAUGUGGAGAGGAUACAGAGGCAGCUCAAAAUCACUGGGACCAACGUGUCAGACGAGGAGCUGGAUUCAAUGCUCGAAAGUGGGCAGACGGAUGUUUUCACUCAGAAUAUCCUGAUCGAUGCUAAAGCGACGAAGCAGGCCCUGAAUGAGAUUGAGUCCCGACAUGAUGAGAUCCUGAAGCUGGAGAGGAGCAUCAGAGACCUGCACGACAUGUUCCAGUACCUCGCCAUGGAGGUGGAGGCUCAGGGGGAGAUGGUGAACCAGAUUGAGACCAACAUCAAACAGUCUGCUAACUAUGUGGAGAAAGCAAAGGAAAACACAGAGAAAGCUGUCACAUAUCAGCAUCAAGCACGCAAGAAAAAGAUCUGGAUCGCGAUCUGUUUGGCCAUCCUCAUUCUCAUCCUAGUCGUGUCGUUGCUCGUCAGUUUCGGCACCUAACACCACCAGGCAGUGAGAGUCGGCAGUGGAUUUGGUUCAGCAGAAGCACAUUAUGAGUUUAAAAUAUCCCCCUUUCAUGUAAAUAUAUCUGCCCACAGGAUGUAUGGGGAAAUGUGGGUGGUGGAUUUUCUCUCAUCAUCCCUCUUUAUUUGUUGUCACAUUUGAUUUUCAUCUUCCUCUAACUUUCAUGUCUUCCUAAUGGGACUUUUUUUUUUUUAAAGAAGAGAUGUGCUCUCUGUUGUUUUAUUUCACAAACCACCACAACCAUACCUGCAUUUCUGCUUCCACUCGAGAGGCACCGCUGCUGGCUUGUGGCUCCCCCUCUGUCAAGACUCAACUCUGGUCUGCAACAACACAAAGACCAAGGCAAAUUGUGAACUGUUACGUCAGCAUCCCUUUCCUUCCUAGAUAAAAAAAAAAAGAGGAAACAAGUGGCCUUGAGCACUUGAGCACAAUGCAGUAUUGAAACCUGACACUGGCUCUGAACAUAUUGUACUCAGGAAAAAUGUGCGUCGAUUCUUGUUACUUUGUUAUUUCUGGAUGAAUUGGAGGCGUAAAAAACAAUUUUAAUAGAGUAGGGCUUUCUUUUAUAGGCUAAUAUAAUUGUACAUAACCUUAAGACAUACUUUAUGCAGAUGAUUUUUAAAACUUGAAAGCUGUUUCAAACUGCCUACAUGUGACGAGUGUAAAUACAGAUUUUUUUGUGAAAUAACAGAACCCUUCUUUUUUUCUUUACAAAGGUGUCACUCUCAGCACUGCAUUCCCAGGCCCAAGGCCCAACUUCUGUUUCAGUUCAUAGUUAUGAUUUGAACAAUAUUGUGUAAGCUGCUAUGAGAGAAGUUUUGCAACAACACAUAAUGAAACCUUUUUUAAAGAAACCGUGCCUUCUCUAUGUGAGGCUGAGAGUAUGAUGUCGUGCACUAACGUCAAGAAGGGAUGGAAGUGAGUUUUUAUUUUUGUUUCUACACGUUUGAAUUCACACAGCAACUUCACUUUGGCUUUACCAUAUGUAUACUCUGAUCAGACUUUAGCCUGUUAUUUUUCUUCACCUGUUUGUCACAUUGUGCAAAGUCUCCAUUUGUCCUCCAGGUUGUAAAUUUAGGGAUUAAGCUGGAAAAUCCUGGAGUAUUAACAUGUUUAAUUACGAGACAAACAGCAUCUCUGCUCCACAGUAUGACAAAUCUGUAAAGAAAAAUACAAUAAACCAAAACUAUUUAUGUUAAACAAUAUCCAGUCCUUGGUCAAGUCACAGUUAACAGCCAACAGGAAAAUAUAGAUGGAGACUUUGCUACUGUGUGAUAUUAUGGCUGUUGAAUUUUGCAUCACACUCAUUUAUUUUAAUAUAGAUUUGUUUUUAAAAUAAAAUAUUGCCAUGUUCUAUUA